AAGUCUGUGUUUAAGUCUUUACUAAACUUUUAAAAUUUUAUACCAUCAAAAAAAAAAAAUUGUGAAAAUGUUUAAUGAAACUUGACCUUAAAAAAACUCCCAUUUAUAUUUUCGCGAUAUCUUCGUCGAAUUGGAAACGAUUGUUUUUUGGAGCAAAAUUUUUCAAUUUCUUCUAUGAUACCUACACCUACACCUACAUACCUACUUAUUUUUAUUUUCUGUUUUGAAAUUUUCAGAUAAAAAAUUGUCGAAUCAGAGAAUUUUAAAAAAUUUUAGGGCAUUUAAUUUUCCAUCUUCUCCUCAGUUUGUCUCAAGAUACUCAUGCUUCGUCGAAUACGAUUUGAGUACUUAAGUUAGUUCAAUUUUUUUUUUAUUCAAAACAUUCUCGAAAUAAGACGAUUCAAUUUUUGGAGGCAAUACAAUUUUUAAUUUGAACUUUCAAAAAAAGAGCAACCCUUUCAUAAACACCCAGCAAAUGUUUAUAAAUUAAUUGACUAGGUAACAACGUUUGAAAGGGUUUGACUCCUCUUUUUGAUAUUUUGUGAACCUGUAGACGAUGUUUGAAAAAUGCGAAAGAUUAUCUAGGAGAAUCACUUAUCAAGGAUAGUCAAGGAAAAUCGUUUUAUCUACCAAUGGACUGAACAUAUUUGAUAGAAGUUUGAUUCAACUUGCGUAAAAAGCUGAAGUAUCCACUUCGUAGUCCUAGUCUUCACCUUUGGAAUCAAUUGAAAGCGGUUUUGAUCGGAAUUCAAAUUUCGAUCAAUUCGAUGACGUAGUAUAGCCCGUAGGUAAGUAAAGAAACAAAAUUUAUGCUUUAUUCGACACAUAAAUAAUUGGCAACAAACAAUUUUUUGAAAUUUAUUUCGUUAUUAACAAUUGAACUAACAUUCAUAUGUGAAUAGGUCACCUCGGAAUUGAAAAAUUAUUGUAGGUAAUUUUGAAAAAAAAAGUGUAAUAGCACCUUACCUAGCAGAUCGUGAAUUUCAUCAAAUUUUCGCGUUUUUAUGUGCAAAAAUUUCAAUCAAUCUGCCAGCUAAGCAUCAUAAAGUCCCGUUAGUACCGUAUCUAGCUUUUCCGAUCAUCUUUUUUUUUUUUUUUUUUUUUUUUUGGAACUUCAUCAUUUUCGUGCCUAUAAUAUCAUGUUCGAAAUAAUUUUCACCGCAUUCGUAGCAACUUUAAUAGUUCAAACAAAUGAUUGUGCACAGGCUCCGGCAUGUCCAAAACUUAUAAAAACUUGCGAAAGAGGCAAAAUUUCAUUUUAUUUAUACAAAGAAUUAUCGCAGCCACCCGAAGAGCUGAUAUUGGGCGACGCGAAUUCAAUAAAAAAUGCUCCAUUUAUACCAAAAGCUAAUUUCAAAAUUUUAAUACACGGUUACACCGGAUCUAGAGACGGCUCACCUGCAAUGGUGAAUCUUCGACGUGAGUACCUAAAGGUGCAGAAUAAAUUCAAUAUACUGGUGGUAGAUUGGGGACCAUUGGCUGUCGAUGGAUGUUAUUUCGAGACAGCUUUUCCUUCGGUACCACUUGUAGGAAAAUGUUGCACGGAUUUAGUCAAUUCUAUAUUGCAGAAUCGACCAGAAAUAACUGCAGAUCAAUUUCAUUGCAUUGGUUGGAGUAUGGGAGCUCAUAUUUGUGCUCGAUUUGGAGUUCAUUUCAGACCGAGAAUUAUACCUCGAAUUACAGAUUGUGAAUGUCCCAAACCCAUUAGUACUUGCGAACGAGGCAAAAUUUCAUUUUAUUUAUACAAAGAGUUGUCAAAGCCGUACGAAGAGUUAAUACUGUACGAUGAAAAUUCAAUAAAAAAUGCCACAUUUAUACAAAAAGCAGAUUUCAAAAUUUUAAUACACGGUUAUACCGGAUCUAAAGACCGUCCACAAGCAAUGGUAGAUCUUCGUAAUGAAUACCUCAAACUGCAGAAAAAAUUCAACAUAGUGGUGGUAGAUUGGGGACCAAUGGCUGUCCUUGGAUGUUAUUUUGACACUGCUUUUCACUGCAUGUCACUUAUAGGAAGAUGUGUGGCAGAGAUGAUUAAUUCUAUACUUCAAUACAAACCAGAAAUCACUGUAGAUCAAUUUCACGUCAUUGGUUGGAGCAUGGGAGCUCAGGUUUGCGCUCGAUUUGGAGUCCAUUUCAGACCAAAAAUUGUUCCUCGAAUUACUGGAUUGGAUCCAGCGUUUCCAAAAUUUGAAUGGCCUUUUACAGUAGGCCAUAAUAUAUUGAAUAGGCAUCAUGCAAAGUUUGUUGAUGUACUUCAUUCAAAUAUUGGAAUAUCCGGAGUCUAUUUUUCGAACGCCCAUUACGAUAUUUACCUCAAUAAAGGGACAUUCCAACCUGGAUGUGGUGAGGACUUAAAUUGUAGUCAUCGUCGAGCGACUGAGGUUUUUGCCGAAUCCAUCAAUUCAAAAGUAAAAUUUAUGGCUAGAAAAUGCGAUCACAAUUCGUAUUAUGUUACCUUCAGAAAGUGUGAUGGGGAUUCAAAAAAAUACAUAGAAGUAGGAGAAUAUUGCAAACCACCAGUAGAUGAAAAAGACACAGGUACUUAUUAUCUCAAGACCAACCACCAGUCACCAUUUGCGAUACCUAUACCUCCUGAGAAUAUGAAUCUUUGAGCCUCAAAUAAAUUACAUUACCCUAUGUAGAGUAACUUUCUAUUCAACUAGGUACAUAUACCUACAUAAUUUAAAAUACAAGUAAGUAUUUUGUUACAAUUCCGUAAAUUAAUGAGAUAGGUACAUAAAUGUACUUUAUACCUA